GCACCAGAGGAACCGAUCUAUCAAAACUGCUACUGGUCAGGCACAAAAGAAGUGCGUGAGAGAAAAAUCAAUAAUAAAAGUUUUCAUCGCCAGCAAAAGUGAGGAGUGUUUUGUGGAAAGAUCGAAGGAAAUUUGGUGAUUCACUUGGUAAACUAGUUGCAGCGCGUCGUAACGAUGGCCGAUAACGAGCAGAAAGCUAUGCAGUUGAUUGCAGAGGCGGAGAAAAAGUUAAACUCGUCGAAGGGUUUUUUCGGUUCACUUUUUGGUGGCGGUUCCAAUAAGCUCGAGGAAGCCGUCGAAUGCUACCAAAGGGCGGGCAAUAUGUUUAAAAUGUCUAAGAAGUGGGUUCAGGCCGGAUCGGCUUUUUGUGAAGCAGCUAGCCUGCACGCCAAGGCCGGCAGUCGCCACGAUGCGGCGACAAAUUAUGUCGAUGCAUCCAAUUGCUAUAAGAAGACCGAUCCAAACGAAGCGGUCAGCUGUCUAUUGAAGGCGAUCGACAUCUACACUGACAUGGGUCGAUUUACUAUGGCAGCUAAACAUCAUCAGAGCAUUGCCGAAAUGUAUGAAAAUGAAGCGAACGAUUUGCAACGUGCCGUACAACACUACGAGCAGGCGGCUGAUUACUUUAAGGGCGAGGAGUCCACUAGUUCGGCCAACAAAUGUAUGCUGAAGGUUGCCCAAUACGCUGCUCAGCUGGAGGAUUACGAGAAGGCCAUACAAAUCUACGAACAGGUGGCUGGAUCUUGUUUGGACAGCUCUCUGCUUAAGUAUAGCGCCAAGGAAUACUUUUUCCGGGCUGCGCUGUGUCAUCUAAGUGUUGAUUUAUUGAACGCUCAGCAUGCUCUUGAGAAAUAUGCCCAGCAAUAUCCAGCAUUCCAGGACUCACGAGAAUACAAGCUGGUUAAGACUCUCUGUGAGCACCUGGAGGAGCAAAAUGUAGAUGGUUUCACUGAGGCGGUAAAGGAGUACGACAGUAUCUCGCGACUGGAUCAGUGGUACACCACAAUAUUGUUGAGAAUCAAAAAGCAAGCCAACGAUAAUCCCGAUUUACGAUAAAUUAACAAACGAAGCCCAGGACGGUUACUCAACCCCAUCUAUCUUUGUGAAAUAUUUGUUUGAUCUAUUUGUUGAAAUGUAGCCACCAGCAGAAUAAACUAUUCGAUGAAUGUGAGCAUGCUGACAGCAAACGGUAGGAUAAUCGCAAUCGUUCUAUAUUAUCCUAUUUUUCUACUUUCCAAAAGUAUAUCAAUUAUAUAGAGUAGUAUUAAGUGAAAGACAGACUACAUUGCGACGAGGAAGAUAUUACCUGCAAGGAUAGAAGUAAUCCAAUCUAUCUAAUGAUUGUUUUGUUUAACGGAGCUAUCGUUCCCUGAUUCCGUUUUAUUUGUUAGGCUACAGAAGAUGUUACAGCAAAAUACGCUGAUUUUGUUUGUUGCUUUGUUCACUUUAACAAGUAAGGCAACUAUAAACUAAUAUUGCUCUAAAUAUGUAAAACGUUCUAACCAUGCAAACAAUAGAACAAUAAAAAUACAUUUAUCCAUUUA